AUGCCAAGCACGAGCCUUCCAGCAGACAAGAAAGAUUCGUCCUCUGCGCGUCGGCUUAGCCUUCCAAGACGGACCACGUCCGACUCGAAGAAGCCGCCCACCAAAGAACCGCUGCUCAACCUGCCAAGUCCUCGUCAUGGACUGACCCUUGAUUCCUUCAAGCUCGGUGGAAAUGCGCGAGUCGCGAUGUCGGAUGUGUCCCAGGAGCAGUCUUCGCAGUCUCUGACUGACCGCUCCAGGACGCAAAUCGAACCCUCCGCGACGAAACUUGCGAGUUCCAGUCCACUCACUAAUGCGAAGCACAGCAUCGGCGCGUCCCAAAUCGACAAUGACGUUACUGGUGGGACAGGCGGCACGGAAGAAAAAAGCAAAGACGACAAGGCAGGGACCACGGCCAACACGCCGCCGGCUCUCUCCGAAUCACAGAUACAACUAAAUCGAUACCGAGAGCGAUUGGCACGGGAUCUGGAGAGGCGCGAGAUGGCGACGAGAGGGCUGUUGGCGACGACGCCCGAAAAGAUGCGCGUGUCGCCGAUUAUAGAGGAGAGUGGCAAUUCGCCACGCAACAAUGCCGCCGCCUUGGCGACAUCGUCCUCCAACCUCACAACGACGUCCACCGAGUCCGGCAACACCAUUCGCGGUGGCAUAACACCGGGACUCGUCGCUGGAACCCCGUCCUACCCGUUCCCCCGUAUGCACACCCCGGGCUACGGUCCCGGCUCAAUGAGCAGGGCCUUCGGAAACAUGUCCCCGACUGCCGCUGCCUUCAUGUCGCAGACCAUGUCAUUCGAGGGCUUCGGGACUGCCCAGGACAGAGUGAUGUCCGGCUCGUCGACGCCCGCCUCGGCUCUGACCUUUCUUCCCGCCGGAGCCACCGGCCAGUUGGAGGGCGACUUCCCGAGCCCGAACUUGUACGACUUGUCACUAAUGCUCACUGCCGAGCCGGGACUGGAUGCGUGGUGGAAUACUGUAGUCCAGAUCAUGAGAGACGUGUACAAAGCCGAGAGAGUGACCCUCGCUGUACCUGCUGACACUACCGACAUUGAAAACGUGCCUUGGGGUCAGAAGGCCACAUAUAACGAGCACCAGGAGGAUGAUCUGAGUCUUGGGUAUAUGGCCAGGGGCAGCAGUCUGAUUCCCAGCAGUGCGGGCGACGUAGGCUCCGAAGAGACGCCCGCGUCUGAAGACCCUGCGCGGCCAAGGGUGCUGUCUCGGCCCAGCUUGCAGACCCGCCAUUCGUUCACCACCUACGAAGACAAUAGAGAAUGCAAGGGGAACAAUGACAGGCUCUUACCAUCGCGUCGCCCGACGCAACUUGGCAGGAGCAAGAGCUACUUCCCGCCGGGCCAGGCCGCAGAAGAGAGCGCGGAGGCGCCGGGUCCAUCACUGAACAGGUCGGCGCUCGCCGAACACGAUGCUGAGGAGCAGAAUAUCCCUAGCUGGGAAGUUCCCCUAGCCAACCCCAACACUGAAGGCAGGGUGCUCCCCGUGCUUCAAGCCCUGGAUUACGAAGCCGACCCUCUCAUUGAUCACAGCGGUGUUAUGCGUGUUCUAGAGCGUGGCAAGGUGAUCGCACUGACCAGAAGCUACCCGUAUUUGCAGAACCUGCCGGAUGAGGUGCCAACCAAAUCCAAGGUGACGGCCAUCACGACGUCAGCGGAGGCGGCAAGGAGGAAGCUCAAGAAGGCGAGGAUCGAUUCCAGCUCAAAAUUGUCGUCGAUUCUCGGUGGCGGAAACUCUUCCUUUGGCUCGAACCGCAGCCACAGCAGCGAUAAACCUUCUAGCAUGAUCUCUCGACUUGACGACGAUGAACCACGACCGCCGACGCCCAAAUACGAAGAGUAUGAACAAGCUCCGCCGUCGCCGUGGUCUCAAUCGCCUGCACCGUCCCCGGCAGUGCGCGCAGACCCUUCGGAGAACCCCUUUUUCACCGAUGCCAUGGUCGACGAGGACUCGUUCAAUCCCGGGUCUGCCCCGGCGGACUACACCGGAAUGCGACCGCCGGAAGCCAUAGGCGUGGACAACUCGUGGACUGUCCUCCACAUUCCGCUGACCCACGUGCUUCUCUCGAAGCCCGUCCAUCCUUUUAAGCUCGACAACACAGCUCUGGAGCAAAAGUCGCAAUUCCGCAAUCGGAGCGAGCCACUAGAGACCUCUGGAGACGAGGACGAUGCGGGGGUCUCCUGGCAACGUAAAGACAAACCGUCGCCUAUUGCUAUCCUUUCGAUACUCAGUCCCAUCAUCCCAUAUCCCUCGAACCUUCGUCAUUCGUUGGAGUACCUGGCCCCGCACCUGGCAACCUCCUUCUCCCUAUGCCGUCAUUACACCAACUUGGAGACAGAGCUCACUGGCCUCCACCGCCGUAGGCCUCAGACCGCCGGGUUUGGUGCGCUUGCCGCCGACGGGCGCCCCUUGGCGGACCCUGCCAGCAUCGGCAACCUAAGCUUUAUGUCCUCGGACGAUAUCGCUGCCCAACGCUCGAUGGCGGGUAGCAUUACUAGCCCCAGCGACUACUCGGGCGUUUCCAAGAGCGCCGCUGGCUCCCCAAUUGGCACGCCCGCCUGGGACCAGAGUUCUCUACACCAGCUCAUCGACAAGCGGGGUUCUGCAACUAGUCCUGCACAGACCGCGGGUGAUAGCUACUUCAACACUAGACAGAAACCGAUAUCGUCGAGGGCGGAAACGCCGUCGGCAAACUCUCAGAAGACGAGGAGAAGUUCCAAGGAGGACUCGCCCGUCGACAAGCGCCAAGCUCGACUCUCCACCUCGCACAAGCCACGUAUUCAGGAACCUUCCCAGACCCCUGGAGAGAACGAAGAAUUGGUGGAGAGGAACAACACUGAGAGCCGGGUUUCGACGCCAGGGGGCGCCAAGCGCGUGCUUUCUCACGAACUAAAGAACUACCUGGACGAGAUCGCCGUUUUAGAACCCCGGCUACAGUCUGUCGAACGCAGGGGUGGAGACCACGGCCAUCACACGCUAUUGCACUCGUACGGUGCUGAUUUUGCGACCAGCUUCCAGUCGUUGCCGCCCAGCGCGAGCGUGGUCAGCAAGCCCGUGCCCCAUACCAUACCGUCUAGGACGGGUUCGCUGUCACAAGGCCCGGUGGACAUGCCACCGCCAUCGGACCGGUUAAAGGGGCUCAUCCUUGACUCCCUUCCCGCCCAUGUUUUUGUCUCGCUGCCACAGACCGGCGAGAUUGUCUGGGUGAACAGCCGCUACCUGACGUAUCGCGGCCAGACGGUCGCUGACUUGGCUGCGGAUCCCUGGGGGAGUAUUCACCCAGAUGACAGAGACGAGUACCUCAAGGCGUGGAGUCACUCGUUGCGGACCGGCGAGCAGUUUUCGAGGACAGUCCGUAUCAAGCGGUUCGAUGGAGCGUACCGGUGGUUUUAUGCGCGCGCAGUUGCGUCCCGCGAUAAACGGGGUGUCAUGAUGCAGUUCCUCGGUUCAUACAUGGAUAUCCAUGACCAGCAUAUUGCGGAGCUCAAGGCUGCGCGGCAGGAGGAGAUUGAAGCCUCAGAAGCGAAGCACAGACUACUGGCCAAUCUCAUCCCACAAAUCAUAUUCACUGCCACUGAAGACGAAGGUAUUACUUUCGCCAACGAUCAAUGGCUGUCGUACACCGGACAGAGUUUUGAAGACUCUUUGGGUCUGGGAUUCAUGGACUUCGUACACCCCGACGAUCUGGCCAAGUGUCAAAUACCAACGGACAGACCGCCAACCCCGAUGCCCUCCAAGUUCGACCGCAAGGGUCAUCAAGAGGCGUCCGAGGCAAUACUGGCCAGUCUCGCAUCAGCCAAAGCGCAGAGCCAGCUAGAGACGAACCUGAGGGGCAUACACCAAGCACUAUCUCGGAAUAACAGCUCCAGUAGCAGUUCGGUCUACGAAAUGCCUAGCGCCGAUCUCACGGCCCUGGCAAGGAACGGCAUCAUCAAGGUGACGACUGACAGCAACGGCAGGCUGUCGUACACGACGGAGGUACGCUUGCGGUCCAAGGGCGGCGAGUACAGGUGGCACUUGAUCCGGUGUGUCGAGAUUGACAACAUCGACUUUGGGAACGGGGCCAGCUCUUACUUUGGCUCGGCCACAGACAUCAACGACCAUAAACUGCUCGAAGCGAAGCUCAAGGAAGCCAUGGAGUCCAAGAGCAGGUUCCUUAGCAACAUGUCGCACGAGAUCCGAACGCCACUCAUCGGCAUCUCAGGCAUGGUCAGCUUCCUGCAAGACACGACCCUGAACGAGGAGCAGCGCGACUACACCAACACCAUCCAGACAAGCGCCAACAGCCUGCUCAUGAUCAUCAACGACAUCCUCGACCUGUCCAAAGUGGAUGCCGGCAUGAUGAAGCUGAAGUACGAGUGGUUCCACACACGCUCCCUCAUCGAGGAUGUCAACGAAUUGGUGUCCACCAUGGCCAUCGCCAAGAGGCUGGAGCUGAACUACAUUGUCGAAGAGGACGUGCCGGCGUGGGUCAAGGGCGACAAGGUCCGCAUCCGCCAGGUCCUACUCAACGUCAUCGGCAACGCCAUCAAGUUCACAGCCGAGGGCGAGGUGUUUAGCCGGUGCAGGGUCUACAAAGGUGGCAAGUCGGACAACGACAAGAAGGAGAUCAUGCUCGAGUUUGCCAUUAUCGACACGGGUCGUGGGUUCACCAAAGAGGAGGCGGAUCUCAUCUUCAAGCCGUUCAGCCAAAUCGACGGUAGCAGCACGAGACAGCACGGAGGCAGUGGUCUCGGCCUCGUUAUCUCGAGGCAGUUAGUGGAGCUCCACGGCGGCAAGAUGGAGGGCAGUGCGAUCCCCGGCAAGGGCUCGACGUUUACCUUCACCGCCAAGUUCGCUCUGCCGACGAACGAGGACCAUCCCGAUGCGCCUAUGAGCCCGGAGACACUCCACCCCCCCGCCCAGUCAGCUGAAGGGUUGACUGUCCUCCGUCCCGCGAAGGCGCUACAGUCGCCCAGGGCCGCAUCAACAACCAGCCCGCGAGCCGAUUCUGAUCAUUUCUUGUCGCCGGCUCCGGCUUCUAGCGGAAGCUCGGUCCCUUCGGUGCAGUCUAGUAUCUCCCAGGCCACGGAGCGCACAUCUGUGUCGUCUGUCAACGUCGGCCUUGUCCACUUUAGUGAGGCUGCCCGCGCGAGUGGGCAAGACCUGUCACAGAUGAAGCUGGAGUUGCCCUCUGACGAGUCCUCGCCCCAUACGACGCCGACACCGGAGACCUCUCAGCAGCCCGGCAAGGAUGAAGACUUCAAGCCGCCCAUGUACUCGAUCCUCAUCAUCUGCCCCCAGACUCACAGCCGCGAAGCGACCGCGCAGCAUAUCGAGAUGACGCUGCCCAAGGACGUACCGCACCAGAUCACCGCCCUGGACUCGACUGAAAAAGCUCAGAGGCUGCUGGGAGGUGAAGACUCGGUCAACUUCACGCACAUCGUCCUCAAUCUGCCAUCUCCCGAGGAGAUCAUUGGCCUAAUGGAACAAAUCACCAAGUCGACAACAAUCAGCAACACAACGAUACUCAUCCUGUCCGACUCGGUCCAGCGGCAGGCCGUGAUGAGACUGGCGACUGACACAAAGUACGAGAAGCUCGUGUCGGAGAAUAUUGUGACAUUCAUCUACAAGCCGGUCAAGCCAUCGCGAUUCGCUGUCAUUUUCGACCCCGACAAGGUGCGCGACCUUAGCAUCGACCGCAACCGCUCUACCGCGCAACGAAUGGUUGAGACACAGAAGGCGAGCUACCAGGAGAUUGGCAAGCGCAUGGGCAACAAGGGAUACAAGGUGUUGUUGGUUGAGGACAACCCUGUCAACCAGAAGGUUCUGCAAAAGUAUCUGAAGAAGGUUGGUGUGGACGUCGAGGUUGCCGCGGACGGCGCCGAGUGCACCGACAUGGUGCUUGCCCGCUCCCACGAUUACUACUCCUUGAUACUGUGCGAUCUGCACAUGCCGCGCAAGGAUGGCUAUCAGGCCUGUCGGGAGAUCCGACAAUGGGAGAGGGACAAGGGGCUCAAGACGUUGCCCAUCAUCGCGCUCUCUGCCAACGUCAUGUCCGAUGUCCAGGACAAGUGCGUCGCGGCCGGGUUCAGCGAUUACGUUACCAAGCCUGUCGACUUCAUCGACCUCAGCAGAGCGAUGUCCAAAUUCUUCUGA